AUCUCGGACGAUGACCGCAUGUCCCUCACUACAGCCGUUUCCGAUGAGGAUGAGGGCGAGAGUGUUAUGAACUCCCCGUAUAAAGCCAAGCAAACCGGCACCGCGGCCGCUUCAUUCAACUGCACUGGUGCAGUCCGAAAAGCUGGAUUUCUGAGCGUGAAGAAGUGGCUGCUGCGCAAGAAGCACCAGAUCGAGCUGGCGCGCAAACGUGGCUGGAAGGGCUACUGGGUCUGCCUCAAGGGGACCACGUUGCUGUUCUACCCAUGCGAGUCUCGCGAGGGGCGGAGCGUGGAGGCGGCCCCCAAACAUCUGAUCAUCGUGGACGGCGCCAUCAUGCAGCCGAUCCCCGAGCACCCAAAGCGCGACUUCAUCUUCUGCUUGAGUACCGCCUUCGGGGACGCGUACCUCUUCCAGGCCCCGUGCCAGGUGGAGUUGGAGAACUGGGUCAACAGCAUCCACAGCGCGUGUGCGGCUGCAUUCGCCCGCCACCGCGGCAAGACUGGCACGCUGCAUCUGCUGCAGGAGGAAAUCUUCCGGCUGGAGAAGGCCAUUGAAACCGACUACAAGCUGAAGCACAUGGCUGAGAUGCAGCAGAGCGUGGUGAUGGACCUGGAGGGGCGCCAGCAACUAGGCAACCAGGUGAUGCAGUGGGAGGAGAAUCUGGAGCGGCUGCACUGCGAGCAGUUCCGGCUGCGCUGCUACAUGGCCAGCCUCCAAAGCGGGGAACUGCCCAAUCCGAAGUCGCUCCUGACGCAUGUGUCCAGAGCCACCAAGAACACCCUGAACAAGCUAGGCGUCUUCACGGUGUCCUCCUUCCACGCGUUCAUUUGCGCCCGCAGCCCCUCGCUGCUCAACAACUUGCUGGCAGGGCGCGGGGCCACCAAGCGACGUCCUCCUCUCCUAUCCAGAUCCAACAGCGGAUCCAGUCGGCGCUCUUUGCAGAUCAGCUCGCGAGACGAGACGGAAAAAACCAUCAAAGUGUCCCUGCCCGACCUGGCAACAACCACCGUGUUUGUUCGGGAGUCGAUGUCCGUGGAGGAGUUCCUAUCAAGUGCCUGCGCCCGCAAGAACCUCAACCCUUCCGAGCACUUCGUACGGGUGAAAAAGCGCAAAGACAUGGAGGACCACAACUACUUCGUGCCGCAUCGCAGCGACCUCAUCGAGACUUACUUGCACACUCAUGAGGUCGUGGAGGUUUGCGCCAAGAUCCUCUAUCAAGUGGAACUAUCCAGAAGCACACUGGAGCAGAUGUGGGGCUUCAGCGUGGAGGCGGAGCUGGUGGAAAAUGCAGACCGACAGGACGAGCUCUGCUGCUACGUGAGCCGCGUGGAGGACAAGAGCGUGGCCAUGCAAAACGGCAUCAUCAAAGGGGACGAAAUCAUGGUCAUCAACGGCUCCAUCGUCUCCGACCUGGACAUGAUGUACUUGGAGAGCGUGCUCCAAGAGGAACUGGCGCUCUGCAUGAUGAUGCGCUCCGCUCGCACCGAGCCUCCGGAUAUCAGCGGUUUGAUGAGAGCCACCGACGAUAUCAUCGAAAGCUUGGUGUGUCCGCCGCCGCCUACGGAGCCGCCAGUCAUCAGCGACGAAAUGAUCUCGGGCUUGAUCGUGCCCGCUCCUGGAAAGGACCGGUACAGCUCGGACGCAGACAAUCAGUCCACCAUUGCGGAUCCAUCGGUCAAAGUGUCCUCACGUACCAAUUCCUUUGAGAUCGAGAACUUGCUGAAGAGCGCUGAACAGGUAACCGGGUUCUGCCGGUCUCCAGUCGAGACCCGCAAGGCGAUUAGUUCGACCACCAACCCACCAACCAGCUCCACGCCGUCCCGGCAGCUUUCUGACGCUGAGAAGCUUCGCAAGGUGAUCAUGGAGCUGGUGGACACCGAAAGAACCUACGUCAAGCACCUGAACAGCCUCCUGGAGAACUACCUGGAGCCGCUCAAGAAGGAGACCUUCCUUUCGGGGGCGGAAAUCAACGCCAUGUUUGGCAACAUCCAGGAAAUCGUGGCGUUCCAGCGGCAGUUCCUGCGCAACCUUGAAGAAGCCGUCGACCAGGAGCCGGACUUUGACCAGUUCGAGCAUCCCAAUCACUUUAAGAACAUCCUGUUCUCUAUCGGGAAUACCUUCCUGUACUACGUCAACCAUUUCAAGCAGUACAGUUCGUUCUGCGCCAGCCACAGCAAGGCCCAGAAGGUCUUACAUCCAAAUGAAGGCAACCAGGCGCUGCAGGAGUUCCUCAUCUCGAGAAACCCCAAACAGCAGCACUCGUUCACGUUGGAGUCGUUCCUGAUCAAGCCCAUUCAACGCCUCCUCAAGUACCCGCUUCUGCUGCAACAGCUGCGCAAUCUAACGGACCCGAACACCGACCAGCACCUCCACCUAAUCGAGGCUCUGAAGGGCAUGGAAAAGGCCGCCGAGCACAUCAACGAAAUGCAACGAAUCCACGAGGAGUACGGGGCCAUUUUCGAUCACCUCUUCCGGCAACACCAAAAGUCCUGCAAGCAGCCGAUCGAUCUGAGUCCGGGCGAUCUGCUGUAUUAUGGGGGCGUGGAAUGGCUCAACAUCAGCGACUUCCUAGGGAAGAUCAAGAAGGGGCUCGAGCUGCACGCCAUGUGCUUCGUCUUCAGGACGGCGGUGGUUUUCCUAUGCAAAGAACGACUGCGUCAGAAGAAGAAAAUUAUGGGCGUCACAUCGAAAGCAGCGUCUUCUGAAGUGGAGAUCAUCCGCUACCAGGUGCUGAUUCCCGUGACGGAGGUGCAGGUGCGCGCCUCCUCUGCCAAGGACAUGGACUCGCACUUCCUCUGGGAGCUGAUCCAUCUGCGUAGCCAGUUGCAACGACGCUCCGAGAAGACCUACGUCCUCUCCAACAGCACGGCCGACUUCAGGAACGCCUUCCUGAAAACCAUCAGGCAAAUCAUCCGGGAAUCGGUGCGAAACAUGUCGAUCCCAGCCACCAAGCCGGGAAGCGGCCCGGGAAUGCUGCUGGUCACCGAGCAAAAGUCGGAGCACGCCAACAGCCACACUUUGGAGCGUCCGAAGCAGCACGUGGUCAUCCAGGGUGGAUCGCACACGCUGGGCAAGCCGAAGAAACCGAAAACGCAACGGCAUUCGGCUGGCAACAUCAGCGACCAUGACGGCGAGAACCCUUCGGGGAGCUUCCGGAGCCGCAGCAAGACCCUUGGAGAUGCCGCAGAUGCGCUUCAGGAGCGAAUGAACCACGAUCGGAACGAUGCGGGCGCCAAAUCCGAAGGCGAGGAGGACUCGCAAAGCGGCGGCCAGACCAAAGCUAAGGCCUCCCUAGGGCGAACACCCAACCAUCUUUCUCUGAGCACUACGUCGACUCUGUCAGCCGGCAGCACCGGGAGCCAAGCGCGGCUGAUUCAGUCGUCACAUCCUCCGGAGAAAUUCCAACCUGCUCAACUGCAAGAACUAGGCUCGCCGGUUUGGAAGCCACGAGAGGGCGCCGCGGACAGUAACUCCCACUCUCUGUCCAGAAAGGGGCUGAGCUCAUCCAGAAAAUCCUUGGCUGCGCUCGAGCCCCACGACCAGCAAUAGAGAACGCGAUCUUUCCUUUUAUAUUGAAUUAUCUCUUGUUAACAUGUCACCAAACAUCUAAUAAACGUAUUUUAUAAA